AUGCCGGACCUGUGCCACACGGACUGCGUGGAGCGGCCCCUGACCCGCUCGCUGCGGCGCCUGGGGGGCUUGGUGGGCGCCCACCCGUGGCCCUUCCUGCUGCUGCCCGUGGCGCUCUCGGCCGCGCUGGGCGCCGGCUUCCGGCAGCUGCCCCGCCGCCAGUCCAACGACAUCGAGACGCAGUUCACGCCCCGCAGGGGCCCCGCCAAGGCCGAGCGCCGGGAGGCGGUGGAGCACUUCUCGACGCGGGACUCGGAGCGCUUCUCGGCGCAGAGGCAGACCACCGAGGGCACCUUCGCCUCCUUCGUGGCCGUGGCCCACGAGCGCAGCGCCACCAUCCUCACCCCCGCCGCCUUCGCCGAGCUGCUGGCGCUGGACGCGGCCGUGCGGGGGCUCAACGCCAGCGGGCGCGCCUACGCCCAGGUCUGCGCGCGAUGGGACGGCGCCUGCAAGAGCCCCAACCCACUGCUGACUGCCGUCGGGGACGACCCGGCGCGCAUCGAGGCGCUGCUGCCCAACCUGACCUUCCCGCUCUGGCGAGGGCAGGUCAUCCUGGGCUUCUUCUUGGGGGACGUCUCCGUGGGGCCAGCGGGGGCCGACGAAAGGAGCCGCCCCGUCCGGGCCGCUAAAGCGCUGCGCCUCUUCUACCAUCUGCAGGAGGAGGACCCCGCGCAGCGAGCAGCCAGCUUGCAGUGGCUGAAGGCUUUCCUGCGGCGCAUCGGCGGCGUGCUGACCGAGCUCAACCUGGCUUCUGUGCAGGUGGCUUAUUUUUCCUCAAUAUCCAAACAGGAAGAAUUAGAAAAAAAUUCUGAGCAAGUGAUCCCUUUGUUUAUUGUCACGUAUAUUUUAACAGCAUGCUUUUCGGUCUUAUCAUGUUUAAGGCUCGACUGUGUACGUACAAAAGUGUGUGUUGCAGCGUUUGGAGUGUUGUCAUCAGGCUUAGCUGUUAUCAGUGGUUUUGGGUUAUUGCUCUUUUGCGGGGUGCCUUUUGUUAUCACAGCGGCAAGUGGACCAUUUCUUACACUUGGGGUUGGUGUUGAUGACAUGUUCAUCAUGGUGUCCUGCUGGCAACAGACAAAAGUCAAGCACAGAGUUGAGGAUCGGAUGGCUAGCACCUAUGCAGAGGCGGCUGUGUCCAUUACCAUCACAACCCUUACUGACGUUUUAGCCUUCUACAUUGGCAUUGCGACAUCCUUUUCAUCCAUUCGGUCCUUUUGUCUUUACACAGGAACGGCUUUCAUCUUCUGCUACAUAUACAAUUUGACGUUCUUGGGGGCAGUCCUUGCUCUGAACGGUAGAAGAGAGGAAAGCAACAGACAUUGGCUGACUUGUAUGAAAGUGACAGAUGAAGCUCAGCAUAACUUUGUAUACAACAUGUGUUGUGUGGGAGGACUUUAUGAUAAAGCCACUGGAAGAGAGUUUGAGCAUCCCAUGAAUGGAUUUUUUAAAAAGCAUUUUGGUCCUUUUCUUAUGCAUAGCUGGUCGAAAGUGGCUGUAGUUGCCCUGUAUUUUGCAUACAUAUGUAGUAGUAUUUAUGGGUGCACUCAAGUUAAUGAAGGUAUAGAUCUUCGAAAUCUGGUCAGCGACCAUUCCUACGUUGUUCGGUAUUACAAUUUUGAAGAACAGUAUUUUAAAGAGUAUGGUCCUAGAGUUAUGGCCAUUGUUACUAGAAGCAUACCGUACUGGGAUGCAAGUGUUCGUGCAAAUCUUGAGCACUGCAUGGAGAUGCUAGAAAACGCAACCUUUGUGGACAAGAAAUUAUCAGAGUCGUGGCUAAGAAUGUAUGAAGUGGCUGCCAACAGAAUGUCUCUAAAUAUAGAUGACCGAAGUUCUUUCAUUGGUAAUUUAUCUAUCGUGUUCAGACAAAAUCCGCGGUCUCGAUGGGAUAUCAAUUUUACUGAUCUGGAGAUAUCAGCAUCCCGUUUUUUCAUACAGACCGUCAAUAUUACUACUUCAGUGGAUGAGCGGAAUCUUUUAAGUCAACUGAGAACUCUUGCAGCAGACUGUGACUUACCGCUAACUGUUUACCAUCCUGCUUUUAUAUUCUAUGAUCAUUUAAUUUUAAUAGCACAGAACACCGCUCAAAACAUUUUGAUUGCUACUGGAGCCAUGUUAAUUAUUUCCUUGCUGCUGAUUCCCAAUCCUUUGUGCUCGUUGUGGGUCACGUUUGCUAUUGCCUCUGUUAUUAUUGGCGUGACUGGCUUCAUGGCCUAUUGGAAUGUCAACCUUGACUCCAUAUCCAUGAUCAACCUUAUCAUGUGCAUAGGAUUUUCAGUGGACUGUUCCGCUCAUGUUUCUUAUGCCUUCGUGAGCAGCAAGAAAACCAGCCUGAAUGACAAAGCCGUGGAUGCUCUAUACCGCCUUGGUUACCCCAUGGUGCAGGGAGCUAUUUCCACCAUUGUGGGAGUAUUGGCGCUUUCCAUGACGGACACCUACAUUUUCAGAGCAUUUUUUAAGAUUAUAUUUCUAGUUAUUUUGCUUGGAGCAGCUCACGGUCUCCUUUUUAUCCCUGUGUUUUUAACCUUUUUCGGCUUUUGUGGGAGACUGUCAAACAUGCAGCGACGAGUUGACUGCCAGUUCAAUGAAAACUCAGCCAGCACUGACAGCAGUGUUGUGCAGCUGCCUGUUAUAAACACCUAGGCUUUACUAUGUAUCAAGCCAACCGGAAGGAUUAUGUUACCUGAUGUACCUUAGGUUGCAGUCCUAUACAUGCUUACCUUAGGGGGUAAGCGCCAGUGGACACAGUAUGAUUGACUUGCGCUGUGAACAUGCGUUGGAUUGCAUUGCUAGCCAGCUGAAUUUAUUCUACAAUGUAGGAAGGUGCUUUCAUGUAUAGUAUUUAUAAUAAACUGUUUAAGAUCUGUUAGAAAGCUGCAUAUGGCAACAGUGACCAUCAGCUACUCAUAGCAAGUUCCUUACGUUACUAGCCGGACAAAGUCUUCUCAUACUGUAUCUCCCUUGGCUUACCUAUAUUCAGUUGGAACCAGCUGCUUUAAGGUGGAAUGGGAACUUAGUAGUGACUUUAUAUGAUCAAAUAA